CUUACUAGGCGCAGAGCGACGAGCAUUGUGAUUUGCCAGGAGGGCAAACUGCGAGCUGGUGAGCAUUGAUAGGCUUGACAUAGAGCUGACCACGCUAAAGAUCGUCCAGUGCGUCGAGACUCCAGAUCUCCUCCUAUAACAAGAAACGUAGCACAGCUCCCCGGGGGCAUGGCUAGUUAUGGCAGCGGCGAGCAAGGCGAGAAUGCAGAGCCGCAUGGCAGCCAUUGCGUGUUCGAUGACAAUUUGGCGACUGCUGCCGAGAGCGGUCAGGCAUGUAGCGACGACGUGUCGGGGAAAGUCGACAUGGUGCCGACGCGCCUUUACCGUCGCCGCUGGUUCAUCCUUGCUCUCUUCUGCUUCUAUUCGAUGACAAACGCCAUCCAGUGGAUCCAAUACAGCGUCAUCUCUAACGUAAUCGUUGAUUUCUACGGAACACGCACGACGGCCGUGGACUGGCUAUCCAUGAUCUACAUGCUCGCAUACAUUCCUCUAAUCAUACCUGCAACUUGGCUCCUCGAUAAAAAGGGUCUGCGUUUUGCGGUAACGCUUGGAGCUCUAGGCAACGCCACAGGUGCAUGGCUCAAGUGUGCCUCCGUUGCUCCGGACCGCUUUUGGGUGACAAUGCUAGGGCAGACCAUCUGUGCAAUCUCACAAUUGUUUGUGCUUGGAAUUCCUGCUAACCUAGCGGCAGUGUGGUUUGGGCCCAAUGAGGUGUCCACGGCGUGUUCUAUAGGGGUUUUUGGGAAUCAGGUUGGUAUAGCACUGGGAUUUGCACUUCCGCCUAUAAUUGUCCCCAACAAUAAAGAGACGAUUGCAACAAAUCUCAGCUACAUGUUUUAUGGAAUGGCUGCUAUUACUACUGUGAUUUUUUUCGCAAUACUUCUAGUGUUUAAGGCUGCACCACCAGUACCUCCAAGUCAUGCUCAGCUCAAUCUCGAGGGUGCAAGGACAUGGAAUUAUUUCGAGUCCUUAAAGAACCUGUUUUCACAUAUUGGAUUCAUCCUGCUCGUCAUUGCGUAUGGCAUCAACGCGGGUUCCUUCUAUGCUAUCUCAACACUGCUCAAUCAAAUAGUGCUCACCUGGUUCCCGGACGCAGAGAGAAGUGUUGGAAUGAUAGGACUGACAAUCGUACUGGCAGGCCUGUUAGGCUCAGUCAUUAGUGGAAUCAUUCUGGAUCGGACACGCAAAUUCAGAUUAACAACUCUGGUCAUUUACAUAUGCAGUUUUUGUGGUAUGAUUGCCUUCACAUUUGUCUUGAACCUGGGAAAUAUAUCAAUUGUUUACCUAUGUGCAGGAUCAUUAGGAUUUUUCAUGACUGGAUUCCUGCCCGUUGGGUUUGAGUUUGCAGCAGAAAUUACAUACCCUGAGUCAGAGGCAACAUCUUCUGGUGUAGUUAAUGCCUCAGCACAGGUGUUUGGGAUUAUAUUUACAACAUGUAUAGGAAAGCUGAUCACAGAUGUAAGUGUGCUUUCCGGCAACUUAUUUCUCUGCAUAGCUCUGCUGGGAGGUGUCUUUGUUACAUGGUUUAUAAAAGAAGACCUUAAGCGACAAAAAGCAGGGAAAAUGAACGCUGAGCAGAUGCAGGAAAUUGAAAAGGAACCACUAGAUCAGAAUAAUGCAUCGUACGAUGUUAUGUUUACGUAGUCGUAAGGUGUACUGGUGUGUUGGUGUUUACUUAUUUACCAUCCUCAAGAGCGUGCUUCCUAUGUAGGUAAAUUGCUUGCGUUACAUGAUAAGAUGUUUAUAUGCCUAUACGUCUGGCCAUGUACCGUUUAAAACAUUUAUUUUUUGUAAUGUAAUAGUGGUCUAUAGUUGAUUGAUUAUACUGUGAGCAUUAUAAUAUAUUGUCCAUUGCCUAGUGGAGACUAUUCUGUGUUGUAACUUGUAUGAUAUCAAAAGUUAAUAAUAGAGAUAUUAUUUGCUCUUGAUGA